AUGAUCGCUCUCAGGUUCCUCUCUGGUACAAUAAAGUGCAAGAUAGAGUUCAGUUAACCAAACCCAUCUUUCUUCCUAUUCGAUACAAAUGGCUUUUAUCGCUUCCUUGAACUGUGUUUCUCUUCUCUCUUAUCAAAUUCCAAACGUAUAGAGCUUUACGUGAAUCAACUGUAAAAGAUCUAAUAAGAACUGCAAGAGUGAGAUGUAUACCUUGAAAAUUUUGUGCGCAAUCGUUUUGACAGCAUGUGUUGUAAAUGGCAGCGAACCUGGAUUUUGUGAGGUCCUGGGUGCGUGCACUGAGGAUUCGAAGAGAUGUCUCGCUCAGAACCGCUUCACAGGAAAACGUUACAUCCUUUAUGAUGUGAAUCCUGGAGAAGGCUUUAACCUGAGGAGAGACGUGUACAUCCGUGUUGCAGUUUUUCUCAAAGGACUAAUUGAGAGGGAUAAAGAAUUCCAGUGGCAAUUGGUCUUGCCACCUUGGGGUAAUCUGUAUCACUGGCAAAGCAAAAACAUAGGCUCUCAAGAGCGUUUACCUUGGGGUACUUUCUUUGAUGUUACAAGUCUUCAACGAUAUAUACCAGUCAUUGAAAUGUAUAAAUUUAUGGAAGAGUACUCGUGCGAGAGUAGAGAAGUACAACUUGAUCGUGUGUACAUUUUGCAAAAUGAUGAGGAAAUGUUCAAGACAGGUAAAUUUGAGGAUAAGAAUGAGCUAGUGAACUGUGAUCGCGAUUCAGUGCGAUAUCAUGAAUCAGAGCAGCAUUUGUACACCGGUCCAUUCUGGGGCUAUUCUAAUGUCACGGCUCGGGAUGUGAAAUGUCUCAAGUUCCACGGCAUGGCACGUGACCUUUUUCAGAAUCUCAUGCCAACGCGAUACAGAUCUAUAAUGUUUGAUCACAUGGAAAUCGCUUUACACGACGAAUAUGGGUCUAAAGAGUACUGGAAAGCUAGACGCAGUAUGCGUUAUAAUUCUGAAUUAUACGAUAUCGCGAAAAAUUAUAGAAAAACCUUCUUGAAUUCCAUGGAUGAGGAUGAUAAUACCGAACGAUCAGCAGAUUGGACUAAAGAGAAGAAACGGCGAAAUGCAAGAGGCGGGCCGUAUAUAGCAGUUCAUCUCAGAAGACGCGAUUUUAUCAGAGCUCACAAAACAUCGGUCCCGACAAUAAAGGAUACUGCCUUACAAUUACAAAAAAGAAUGGAUAAGCUUGGAUUAACCUUGUUAUUUGUUGCAACAGAUGCAGAACAAUACGAAUUUGAAGAACUUAAGUCGUAUCUACCUCAAUACAAAGUCUUGAAGUAUAUGCCAUCUAAGUAUGUGAUGAAUAAGUUUAAAGAUGGUGGAGUUGCUAUCAUUGAUCAAAUAAUUUGUUCAUAUGCUAGAUAUUUCAUAGGAACACACGAAUCAACGUUUACAUUUAGAAUACAAGAAGAUAGGGAAAUUAUCGGUUUCUCAACGGAAACUACAUUCAAUAAGUUAUGUAAGCCUAAUGGAGAUUGUGCAAUAGAUGGAUUCUGGUCAAUUGUCUGGUGACGUUCUGCUUUAAUCAUUCAGAAACUUUUAAUUGGUAAAUAUAAAAAUAAUACCUUU